GUCGCGCGACACUCGCGCAUGGGAUCCGCGUCACCCUGAUUCAGUCUCGAGCGCGUUUGGAGCCUCUGCACCGGGACGCACGAUGAUGAAAUUUCGGUUCAGGCGGCAGGGCAACGACCCUCAGAGGGAGAAAGUCAAGCAGGAGCUGUUCGCGUUCAAUAAGGCUGUCGAACAUGGAUUCCCCAAUCAGCCGAGCGCUCUGGCCUAUGACCCCAAACUGCAACUAAUGGCCAUUGGAACUAAAUCAGGAGCCAUAAAAGUAUAUGGGGCUCCUGGAGUGGAGUUCACUGGACUUCAUAAGGAAACUGCUACUGUCACACAGAUGCACUUCCUCCAUGGACAGGGGAGGAUUCUGUCCCUGCUGGAUGAUAACACGCUGCACCUCUGGGAGAUUGUGCAGAAGGGUUUGUGCUCCCAUCUCGAGGAGGUGCGCUGCUUUAGCCUCCCUGGCAGGCCUGGCAUCGAGAGCACCAGUGCGACGCGUGUGACUGUCCUUCUACCGAAACUCAGCUGUGAUCUCUUGGCUGUGGGCACUGAAGGCGGUGGGAUUCACUUCCUGGAGCUGCCUGCUUUAACACUUCUGAACAAGUCACUGUUCCAGGAUGAAAUCAUGCAGAGUGUACCUGAUAGCUACAAGUGUGGGAAGUCUCUGGGGCCGGUAGAGUCGCUACAGGAGCAUCCACAGCAUCCAGACAAAAUCCUCAUCGGCUACAGUAGAGGCCUUGUUGUGCUCUGGGACUUUCAAAGCCGGCAUGUAGACAAUCUCUUCCUUGGAAAGCAGCAGUUGGAGAGCUUGGUGUGGGUCCGGUCUGGGAACAGUUUUGUCAGUUCCCACAGUGAUGGUGGAUACAUGGUGUGGCCUGUUAGUAGCAGUAACCUGUGCACCAGUGACCCCGUCUCCUCCACUAUACCCUAUGGCCCGUUUCCCUGCAAAGCUGCGAACAAGAUCUUGUGGAGGACCACCCAGUCGGGGGCUCCGUUGGUGCUGUUUAGCGGCGGCAUGCCUCGAGCUAGCUACGGGGACAGGCACUGUUUAACCAUACUGCAGGACAGCACGCACGUGACCCUGGACUUCACCUCCAGAGUCAUCGACUUUUUCACCAUCCACUGCACAGAUCGAGACAAGGACUUUGAUGAGCCUUCAGCUCUUGUCGUGCUCCUGGAGGAGGAGCUGGUGGUGAUUGACCUUCAGACACCUGGCUGGCCCACCAUUCCUGCUCCUUACCUGGCUCCUCUGCACUCCUCUGCCAUCACGUGUUCCUACCACAUCGCCAAUGUGCCAACCAAGCUGUGGGAGAGGGUGGUGAGAGCUGGGCAGCAGCAGUGCUCUGUGCAGACGCACACGAAAUGGCCAAUAUGCGGUGGAAAGAAUUUCGCACAUGAGUCAAAACAGAAAGAGCUGCUGCUAACCGGGCACGAGGAUGGCACCGUACGCUUCUGGGACGCCUCAGGAGUGGCACUGAGACCUCUGUACAAGCUGAACACGGCCAACAUCUUCCAAACCGACUGCGAGCACAACGACAGCCUGACCCAAGCCUGCGAAGAGGAGUGGCCUCCUUUCCAAAAGGUGGGCUGCUUUGACCCUUACAGUGACGACCCCAGGCUAGGAAUCCAGAAGAUCUGUCUGUGCAAAUACAGCGGAAAGCUGGUGGUGGCUGGUACGGCGGGACAGGUGAUUGUGAUGUACUUGUGUGACGAGAAAUCCGAUCACAUGAUCGACGUGAUCACCAUGGACCUCCUCCAGGACCGGGAAGGUUUCACAUGGAAGGGUCAUGACCGGCUGCCGGAGAAGUCUGGCUCUGUGGUGUUCGCGCCUGGAUUCCAGCCUGUAGUUCUCGUGCAGUGCAUGCCCCCUGCGGCGGUUACCGCGGUGACGCUGCAUGCCGAGUGGAACCUUGUUGCUUUUGGCACCAGUCACGGCUUUGGUCUCUUCGACUACCAUCGGCGUAGCCCUGUGCUGGCAAGGUGUACACUACAUCCUAAUGACUCUCUGGCUAUGGAGGGACCUCUCUCACGAGUCAAGUCCCUGAAAAAGUCACUCCGUCAGUCAUUCAGGAGGAUUCGCAAGAGUAGGGUGUCUGGGAAGAAACGCAUGUUGGUCAGCAGCCCAUCCAGUAAAGUCCAGGAGGCUAAUGCUCAGCUAGCAGAGCAAGAUGCCGAAGUGACGCCGGUGCAGAGACGGAUUGAGCCCCGCUCAGCUGAUGAUUCGUUAUCUGGGGUGGUGCGCUGCCUCUGCUUCGCCGAUACUUUCCUUAGAGACGGAACGCAUCACGGCCCGACCAUGUGGGCUGGGACAAAUUCAGGCUGCGUCUACGCUUACGCCUUGGACGUGCCUUCGCAGGAGAAGUUCUCCGAGCGAAGUGUGGAGGCUUUGCUGGGGAAAGAGAUCCAACUCAUGCACAGAGCUCCGGUCGUGUCCAUUGUCGUGCUCGACGGCAGGGGAAACCCUCUGCCCGAGCCCUACGAGGAGUCAAGAGACUUGGCCAAAGCUCCGGAUAUGCAGGGCAGCCAUUCGGUCCUGAUCGCCUCUGAGGAACAGUUUAAGGUGUUCACUCUGCCGAAAGUCAGCGCAAAGACCAAAUUCAAGCUGACUGCUCAUGAGGGCUGCCGUGUACGGAAGGUGGCUCUGGUGAACUUCUGCAGUGCAGCUUCUGAGGACUACAGUGAGAACUGCCUAGUGUGUCUGACCAAUCUGGGAGACAUUCACGUGUUCAGCGUGCCCGCGCUGAGGCCGCAAGUGAGAUACGACUGCAUCCGCAAGGAGGAUAUAAGCGGCAUUGCGUCCUGUGUGUUUACCAAGACUGGGCAAGGGUUUUAUCUGAUCUCACCUUCGGAGUAUAAACGUUUCUCUCUGUCUGCGCGGAUUAUCACUGUACCUCAGUGUUUAGUAGAGGUAGACCGGCCUCUCGAACCUUCUGAACACGAUUUGUGUACACCAGGACUGCAUCAAGCUAACGGCACAUACAAGACCCAAUCACCAGGAGGGAGCAAAUCUUCAGAGCACGCAGAAGGCAUGUUUGAGGAAAUGCAGAGUGCUUUAUCCUCUCCUGGCCUGGAUUCCCCAAACAGCAGUGCUGAUAUCACGCUCGACACAACAGGGGAGCUCACUGUGGAGGAUGUGAAAGAUUUCCUAGUGAGUGUGGAUGAGGCCGAGAAUAACCUGAGGAACAUGAGCGAAGAGGACGGACGACUACCAAGGAUUCUGAUCAACUGAUGGGUGUUGACAUCUGGAGGGCUGGUGGUGGAAAUUCCCUUAUUAUUUGCAACUGGACCUUGAUGAGAAGAGGCUUCAAGAGGCAGAUGCUGCACUCUUUCUUUUCUUUUCACUCUUUCGCCCUUGUCCUCAUUUUCUUAUAUUUUAUUCUCAGCCAAAAGAUCUGUGUGGUGUACAGCCUCCCUUUCUUGCUCUCUCUCUCUCACACACAGAGUUUUCCAGCUUGCAGGAAAGUGGCUUUGGGAAUACAUGCACUGACCACAUCUUCGGUAUUUUUAUUUUUUUUCCUACUGCACACAUUCCUUUUUUUUGCCCUUGUUUUAUGAUGCCACUUUGCUUAUACUUUUAUUGUUUGCCAGUAAAGGGGCAUGACGUGAGUCUAAAAUGUUUGUUGCUUCUCAGCAGCCUUAUCAAUGCUAUCAUUAAUACUGUGAUGGUUUCUAACCACGAAUCAGGAGGCCAUUGAAAAGUUCAGCUUAUGGACCCUGUGGGUUUGAUUUAGAAUCUUGUGGCUUUCCUUUUUAAUGUCUCAUGUAACCACUUGCCAUUGUAAGUAACAUUUGAUGAUUAACUGUGAACUGUAGUAUCUGAAGGAGCAUGGUAUAAGUAUUAAUCAUUAAUCAGUGAGUUUCAAUUACUCCUGUAUACUUGUAACCAUAUUAACAACAAUGAAGGAACUAAUAAUUAUGGAUUUUUCCGUGUAACAUUUGAUAGAAUAAUUUUAUACUGCCUAUAAAUUUUGUAAAUUUUUUUUUUUUUUUUUAGAUUUAUUAAAUAAAGGCUUUCUAACAGCAUUUCAGGGUGAUCAAUCAACAUGUGCGCUGUGUGUUAAUGAAAUAAAGGCGAUUUAUAUGGUUGACGCGAUCUCGAGUGAAGUUAAUUUAAAGUACAAAUGAUGAAAAAAAAUCUGGUGUUUUGGGAAAAUCAAGGGUUUGUGUGUUCCCCUACCAAGAAUCGAAAAAAAAGUUUUCCAUCACAUUUUUAAUACAUGGCUUAAUAAUAGCUAGAACUUGUUGAAUUUACUCUGCCCUCAUGUGUGUUUUUUCACGUGUAAUUCCUCUUUUUAAUAUAGCCACAAUCUCACUAAUGUAGUUAUUGAUUUCUUUGUGUAUAUUUUUUCUUUACUAUAAUGCUAAACCUUACACCUAGCCUAUGAAUUUGUAUUUAAUUUGUGUUCUUGUGUAGAAAUGUACUUGUAGAUAUACCCAAUGCUAAUGGACUCUGUUAAUAAAGUAUUUACUUAUUUUAAUCGAAA